CCUCCCCCGCCGCAGGACCGGCCCGCACAGGCCUCGCCGCCGCCCCGAGCAGCUUCGCCGUCGGCGGGGCGUUUGUCUCCCGACCCCGGGGAGGAGGGGGGGAAGGCGCGGCGCCAUGAUUUCGGCGGCGCAGUUGCUGGACGAGCUGAUGGGCCGCGACCGGAACCUGGCCCCCGACGAGAAGCGCAGCAACGUGCGAUGGGACCACGACAGCGUUUGUAAAUAUUAUCUCUGUGGUUUUUGUCCUGCUGAAUUGUUUACAAAUACCCGCUCUGAUCUGGGUCCAUGUGAAAAGAUUCAUGAUGAAAAUCUCCGAAAACAGUAUGAGAAGAGUUCUCGCUUCAUGAAAGUUGGCUAUGAGAGAGAUUUUCUGAGGUACCUGCAGAGUCUGCUGGCAGAGGUGGAGCGCCGGAUUCGCCGAGGCCACGCGCGCCUGGCUCUGUCUCAGAACCAGCAGUCCUCGGGGGCAGCUGGACCGACGGGUAAAAAUGAAGAGAAGAUUCAAGUGUUAACCGAUAAGAUUGAUGUGCUUCUGCAACAGAUCGAAGAACUGGGGUCCGAAGGAAAGGUUGAAGAGGCACAGGGAAUGAUGAAGCUCGUUGAGCAGUUAAAAGAAGAGAGAGAAUUGCUCCGUUCUACGACUUCAACAAUCGAGAGUUUCGCUGCCCAAGAAAAGCAAAUGGAAGUGUGUGAAGUGUGCGGAGCCUUUCUGAUCGUGGGAGAUGCCCAGUCCCGGGUCGACGACCACUUGAUGGGGAAACAGCACAUGGGCUAUGCCAAAAUCAAAGCUACGGUGGAAGAGUUAAAGGAAAAAUUAAGGAAACGAACCGAAGAGCCCGAGCGCGAUGACCGUUUGAAAAAAGAGAAACAGGAACGGGAAGAGCGUGAGAAGGAGAGGGAGCGCGAGAGAGAAGAAAGGGAACGGAAGAGACGCAGGGAAGAGGAAGAGCGCGAGAAGGAGCGGGCUCGGGACCGGGAGCGGCGUAAGCGGAGUCGCUCCCGCAGCAGACACUCGAGCCGGGCGUCGGACCGCAGGGGCAGCAGAUCCCAGGACCACAAGCGAUCGAGGAGUCGAGACCGGAGGCGGAGCAGGAGUAGAGAUCGACGAAGAAGCCGAAGCCACGAUCGGUCAGAAAGGAAACAUAGAUCUCGCAGUCGGGAUCGAAGACGAUCGAAAAGUCGAGAUCGGAAAUCCUACAAGCAUAGAAGCAAAAGCCGGGACAGAGAACAAGAUAGGAAAUCUAAGGAAAAAGAAAAGAGGGGCUCUGAUGAUAAAAAAAGUAGUAUGAAGUCGAGUAGUCGAGAAAAACAGAGUGAAGACCCAAACACGGACUCGAAGGAGAGUGAUUCUAAGAAUGAGGUCAAUGGGACCAGUGAAGACAUAAAAUCUGAAGUGCAGCGUAAGUAUGCACAGAUGAAGACGGAGCUAAGCCAAGUAAGAAGACUUACAAAAGCACCUUCUGAAGGAAAAGACAGUGUAGCCCUGCAAAACAUUUUGAGGUACAUUGUUUCGUCUCCGCUCUCUCGUAGCAGGCUCGGGCCCCGCCCGGUAGUGUGCCUCUUUGGAACCUGUCGCCCACAUAGAACAUUUAAUUAUCCUUUUUUUUAGGGAUUUUGCUGUCAUUUCUCUUUUUUUAAGG